AUGUGGAUUACAUGGCAGAUGCUUGGCCUUUUGGCCACCAUCUUUAUUUCCAUCUCUUGGGCUUUCCACUCCACACCAGAUCAAGCCGUUGUCAUUUCAAAGCCAUUGGCUGGCCAAGAUUUGAUUGACUUUCAUCCACAUUUCUACGAGGAUCAAGAAGUCGCCGCCUCCAAGAAGCAUGAAGAACACGAAGAGGAGGGUGAAGAGGAAUCUGGAGAGGAGAAGCACAGCGAACAUCAUAAAAAACAUGGUGGAAAAUCAAAGAAAGGUCACAAAUAUGACGAGAAACAUGAAAAGGGCGAGAAAGGUCAUCACGACAAGGAAGGCAAAAAGGGUGAGCAUGGCGAAGAAGAAGGACACGAGAAAAAGCACAAGCAUACGGAAGGACAUCAUAAAAAGAAAAAGAAGGGCGAAAAAAGUGAAAAAGGUGGCGAAUUUGAAGAUCAUGGCUCCUACAAGAAGGGUCACUCCAUCAAGGGCAAACACAAUGUCCACAAAUUGAACGAAGAUAAAAAGGAAAAGAAAUACUAUGAUGAGGAUCAUGUGGAGGGUGGCGAGGAGAAACAUGGCGCUUUCGAGGAGGGUAAAAAACACAAAAAGGGCAGCAGCUACAAAAAGGGUGAACACAAAAAGGGUGGCCACGAGGAGCACUAUGGCAAAAAAGGGCAUAGCAAAAAGGGCCACAAAAAGAAGGGACACAAGGGUCACAAAAAGAAGCACGAGGAAGCCAAGAAAUGGGGACACAAAAAGGAGCAUGGCAAAAAAGGCGGCGAAGAGCAUAAAAAGAAAUGGCACAAGUCGGCCAAGAAAAGCAGUGAACAUGAUCAUGGUGGUGGUCAUCAUUAA